CAGUAAGUGUCUCCUGGGAGGAGUGCGAGCGUCAGUUGGCUGCUGCGAGUGCUCCUGGGUUCCGCACUCCGCGUGCUUCCAGUACGAGCGUAGGGGGCAGCAGCUGUGUUUGGGGAUUCCGGUAUUAGGACAGCGAUUGCACUCUAAGCGUCCUCAGCUGCGGUGUUCACUUCCUGGAGCCGGGAUGGCUGACGACCUGGGAGACGAGUGGUGGAAAUCGGAUGGGGUAGGAGCCGGCGGCGGCAGCAGCGCAGAUACAUCAGAUAAUGAAGAAAAGGAAAAAGACAUAAAUAUGGCAGAAAAGAUGCAAGAGGAAUCCACCCCUAUGCCUGUUUCACCCAAGAAAGACAAUCAGUUUGCUUUACAGCCUCAAGAAUGUUUCCUGUUGCGAGCAAAAGAAAAGAAAGAGAAGGCUUCCAAGACCAAGAAGAGACGAAAGAAGAAAAUUUCUGAUGUUCUUGCAAAAUCAGAACCCAAACCAGGAGCCCCAGAAGAUCUGCAAAAACUGGUGAUGGAUCAGUUGAGCAUCAAGCAUUCAGUGAUUGAAUUAGAAGAACUGAAACUGCCAGGGUCUGCUGUAUUUGAAAUGACUAACUUUUUCUGUGUUGCAGUCUGUCCCAAAUGGGCCAAACUUCGAAAGAACCACAAGGAAAAGAAGUCAUUGAUAAUGCUGAUAAUCUGUAGUUCUGCACUCCGGGCCUUGGAACUCAUUAGAUCAAUGACAGCAUUCAAAGGUGACUGUAAAGUGCUGAAGUUAUUUGCAAAACACAUAAAGAUUCAGGAGCAGGUAAAGUUGUUGGAGAAAGGUGUGGUCCAUCUGGGAGUGGGAACACCUGGAAGGAUCAAAGCACUCAUUCAGCAAGAUGUCCUUAAUUUGAACUCCCUAAAGUAUUUGGUUUUUGAUUGGAACUGGAGAGAUCAGAAGUUGAGGAGACUGAUGGACAUUCCCGAGAUAAGAAAAGAAGUUCUUGAACUGUUGGAAAUGAAACUGAUAAGUCUGUGUAGAGCCGAUUCUUUGAAGCUGGGACUUUUUUAAUUCCCAAAUUCUAAUGAAGAUCCAAAUUAUGACAUAAGGAUAGAAUUUGCAUCUGAAUUUAAUGUGACCACACGCUGCCAAAUGAGUCAUACACAAUGGAUGUUUGCCUUUUGGGAUGCUUUAGCAAACCUGUAUCUUAUUGCCUUUUUUUUUUUUGCCAGCUCUUUAUAAUAAAGUAGAGCAAAUUUGUGUCGUUUUUACUUGA